AUUUCAUUUAAAGUCGUUUUCCUUGAACAUUUCAUUAACACUGGACCAAAUAUAUAUGUUGGCACCCACAUCUACCAAGGUUAUUUUGCAUUUGCACGAUAAGAUCGCAUGUAAAAUGCGAAAAAUCUACCGUUUGAGGACGAUUUUUUUGUCGUAAACAACUUUUAUGACGUCAAUAAUAUAUGUAGGCCCCGCCUCGUCACCUCUCUAGGGUCAAUUUACUAAACGUUGGUUGGCUAGAAAUGAUGUCAUUCACGUGACCGAUGUGUGAACGCUUUCAAUCGAGACUGAUUAUUUUGGCCUGUCGGUGAACACGCUGCCAUUACAACAAAAUUGUCUGUUCAAUCGGCGAAAGUUGGCAGAUAUUGCAAGUUUGGAACGCUAAACAGUUCCAGUCGUUCUUUUCUGCCAAAAUGCUGGUUCUAGUUUCACUCCCGGGCUCCGUUGUUAUAGAAUUGGAUGCAAGUCCCAAAGAUAUUGGGCAAGAGUGUCUCGAUCAGCUCUGUGCAAAAAUGAAUGUGAUCGAAGUCGACUACUUUGGACUUCAGUAUACGGGUCGGAAAGGCGAAACGUUGUGGCUGAACCUUCGUAAUCCACUCAACGCACAGUUGACCGGCCCACCGCCGUUUCGACUACAACUCAGGGUGAAAUUCUUUGUUCAACCACAUCUCGUACUUCAAGAAACAGCAAGGCACAUUUUUUAUCUUCAUGUAAAGAAUGAUCUUAGUGAAGGCAAACUUGACGCUUCAACGGUUCAAGCUGCGAAGCUUUGCGCACUUAUUGCACAGGCUGAAAGUGGAGACUACAGCAAAGACAAAUCACAGUACAAUUUCUACCCACACUACAUCCCAAACUGGCCAACAACUUUUUCCACUAAUGUUGUAAUGGAGCACAGAAAGUUGGCAGGCAUGAAUCGAGGUGCUGCAGAAUAUCGCGUCCUCCAGGAAGCCUCGGCAUGUGAAAAUUUUGGCAUGGAGUAUCACGAGGUACGCAAUAAUGUUGGACAACCAAUGAAACUGGGAGUUGGACCAAAUGGCUUAACCAUUUAUGAAGAUGACUAUACGUUUGUGCAAAGCGUCAGCUUUGCGCUUAUAAAGAUGGCUACUCAUACCAAUAAAUGUUUCUUCUUAACGAUUCUUGGACCAACGGGAGACACCAUGAUGUUGGGGUUCAAGCUUAUGUCAACGAAAGCCGCUGAAGGACUAUAUCGUGCAGUCACGGAAAAGCAUGCGUUUUACCGUUGUGAAACAGUUCGUCAGGCGGUGAGGACACAGUACAGUCGGGAUUUCAAGGGCACCAUUGUUGCCCUUUUCAAUGAUAAAACAAACCUUGGCAAGAAAUAUGUUUUUGAUAUCCAGCGUACUUGUCGUGAAGUGUACGAUCACGCCAGACGGCUGAUCCACUCAACAGGGAAAGCUAUCUCUCUGCCAUCCACACCUACAAUGAGCUCAUCACGAACAUCUCUCAGAGACCGUAGUUUCAGUGACAGCAUGGACUCUUUAGACUCAAAGCAACUACGUGAGAAACUCCGGAAGAUCCAGGAGUCCAUGUUAUGUAAAGUUUGCAUGGAUGCAGACAUCAGUACUGCUUUUUGUCCCUGUGGACACCUUGUCUGUUGCGGUGUAUGUGCAGCUUGCUGUGACAAGUGCCCUCUCUGCCGGUCUAGCGUGGAACACACACAACAUAUUUUUUUGCCAAGUAGUACAGACAUGAAUGAAAUUGAGGAGUAACUUGAGAGAGAAGUAAGCAAUUUGAAAAUUGCCAAAAUAUUUAUUGUCAUCAGCCCGGGUGAUCAGAUAGAUGUUGUACAUACAUUACAUACAUCUUACCCACUAGUAUCUAUCGUUUCAGCAGAAAACAAUGCAGCAGUCUUUGUCAUAGCAGAAAACAAUGCAGCAGUCUUUUGUCAUAGCAGAAAACAAUGCAGCAGUCUUUUGUCAUAGCAGAAAACAAUGCAGCAGUCUUUUGUCAUAGCAGAAAACAAUGCAGCAGUCUUUUGUCAUAGCAGAAAACAAUGCAGCAGUCUUUUGUCAUAGCAGAAAACAAUGCAGCAGUCUUUUGUCAUAGCAGAAAA